AUGCCUUGCUACAACAACCAAGCGUGCGAAGCUCCUCCCACGUUCGGGGACCCCAAAAACGAAGGACCAGCCCACUACCGCACCAAGCAGAAACUUAUGCAACUACUAAGCUCGGCGAAUAGCCUUGACGUCGCGGUCGCGUGCGCGAGUCCGUGGGGCAGUCCUGCCGGUCCUCGCGCCGGGUCCCUCACCGACGAGGGUGGACGAGGAGGAGGCAAGUUCUGGCGAUGUCGCAACGAGCGUGUGGUGUCGGGUUGGGCCAGGGGCUGGAAGGAAGUCGAGAGCGAGUUCACCAUUCGGGGUGUGGGAAGGCUCGAUCUGGCGCUGCUAUACAAGCACUCGAAUUACGAGUCGUACAACCAAACCAAGAACCUGAACGACGCCCUGACGAGCGAAGCGGCGAAGAAGAGGGCCAAAGAGGAGCGUAAGAUCAAGGAGAUAUUGGUACACGAGCAGUACCGGAACUGGUUCACCGACCUCGUCAAGUUCCGUCAGGCCGCCGUAGCGCACGCCGUUUACACCUUUCCCCAUUCACUCACCGCGUUUGACAGGAUGAUCGUUCAUCGGUUCGCGGAUUUCCUGCAGCUGGGGCACAAUAGUGAGGACCUGCCAGAGGCGCGAGCCAACAGUAGGGACCCGACCCGGCAGCUUACCGUGACGAAGCUCCCCGAGCCGCGCCUCGAACUUCAAGACCAGGCCAUGGCGGUCGAGGGCGUGGUGGCCGUCGAAGUGUAUGACACAUCCAAGAUCGGUCCGUUGAAGAAGGCCCGGCUCGGACGGGCCAACCUGCCAUGGAUCGAAGUCGCCACCCUCCCCUACCACACCAAGCCCCAGAUGCCCCUCCGGGUGCUCCGAAUCGCGGGUCACCCGCAUGAUGGCGGACGAGAGCACGACGGACGGCGGGGCGAGUACGUCAACAUCGCGCCCGCGCUCGAGGAGGUGUCCUUCGAUUCGACGUCGUCCCACGCGCGGCGGCACGGCGAUGGCGGGGCGCACCUCCACAAGGAGUGGCGAUGGGUCUGCAGCGACUGCUCCACCAAGUUGCAGCACAGGCUCGUGUUCACGCGCAUCGGGGCAGUGGUGGACUGGUACAUGUCGCGCGGGAGCCGAGGUGGCUAUGGCAAACUGGUGCGACGUGUCUUUUCCAUCCUCGAAGAUAGAGCCGACCCCGCCGCCAACGCUGCCGAGUACUUUCUCGUCGAAGGCGGCUUCAACGUGCUCAACCGACUGCAUCUCCACGAGCACGAGAAUCACUUGCUGGCCAGGUCGACGUCGCUGGAUGACCUUCGCGAGGCCUUCGAGCAGCGCCUGGUGGCGAUCAGCGGGCGCGAGGGCGGCCACACACAGGCGGUGGUCGAGCGGGUGGCCUGGCCCGGCGUGGCGCCCGCGGACCUGUUCGACGCGCGUGACCGGGAGAUUCUGGGCGGCGUGCCCUCCUUCCCGACGCCCUCCCUCUUGUUCCCAUCCCUGGAACGGAAGCUGCAGCCGGUGAUGGCCUGGGAUGUACAGGAGCGCAGAUGGCGCGACAUCGACGGGCGGCAGCGCCCAUCAGCAACCGUGUGA